UAUAUCCCUGUGGCUUGGGGAUCAGAAUACAGCCACGGUAACCCCUGCCUGUCGUAAGAGGCGACUAAAAGGGGGAUGUAAUGGAGCGAGCAAGGCUCGAGAAAAGUAUGAUAUGAGAAUUCUACUGUACUGACUGUAAUGUUGUAUUGGGCAUAUAAGUAGAGUAAGACAAUAUCUGGGAGAGAACCUUUAAUAAACGAAUAAACAGACAUUAAUGUCUUUUAUUAUGCAAAAAUAGGAGGUUCUAGGUUGUAUUCUCCCCAGGUUCUUCCAAAGCUCUCCCGGCUCUCUGUAAAAUCUAUGAUGUGAGAUUUUUCCCUUUAUAGCUUACAUUACACUAAAACGAGACUAUCCGCGGAGAUAUUUUUUUAGUUCAUGAUAUUGAUUCUUUACAGUUUCAAACAAAUUUGUAAGAGAGCGCUAGAAACCCGUGCCUGCUUCGUAUUCAUUUGACUUUCUAAGGAACGAUUAGUUCAAAUUGUUAUUAUGAUUAAAAUUAUUAAGAAUGUUAAAUUAGGUUACUUAUAAAAUGAUAUUAUAUGCGUAUAAAGUUUACCGUUAGAUAUUAAAAUAACUUUCGUCAGCAUGGAAAUUGACAUAUUAAUGUGACGCAUGAAAUAUAACCAAUUCAGAAUGAAUGCGGUUUGAGAAUAUUGUUUCAGAACUUUAUAUGGUAAUCAUAAUGCAGAAAGAAUGUCAUCUUUUGCAGAAACUUGUUACAUUCUAGUUACAGUUGUUAAUACAUAUUAUUGAAAUGAUUUAAUAAGUUUUCCUAGUAUGUUCAUAUAGAAUCUAUAGUUUAAGAUAUUUGCAAAACCAUUAUGAUGGAAGCACAGACAGAUGUUUCUGUUUUGCGAUCACCAGUCAAUUUAAGACAUAUGCAUACUGGAAACGUUUUUUAUACACCUUUAACUUCAUUUGCUGAAAUGUGGUAUCAGAUAUUUUUAUGGGCUCUGUUUUCUUCAAUUUUUGUUCAUACCAUAGCUGGUGCAAUUUGCUUUGCUACAUUGAGACAACAUAAAUACGGAAAAUUCUUCCCAUUGCUGAUUAUAAUAAUGGGUGUAUUAUUACCACUAACAUCAGGAGUUCUUAGCUCUGCUGCUGUUGCUUUUGUGUACAGAGCAUCUCGAUAUCCACUGCCACCAUUGUACGCAUUAUUUUGGGGUAUUGGACAGACUGCUUUAGCAGGAUGUGUUGGAUUUACCAGAAUAUUAGCAACUUUGUAAUAUAAAACACUGUUUGCAAAUGAAUGGUGCACAAGAUGUAUUGUUAUUCAGAAAUGUAUGUAAUGUAUUCCAAACAUUAUUGACAUUUUAAAUCAGUAAAUACAGAUGGCAGAAGAGGACUGAUAUCAAUAAAUGAUCCACUGGCAACAGCUUCUUCAAUAUUUGCGUCUACCUGAUCCAUAAUAUUGGUACCCACAGCAACAGAGUCUAAGAAGAUUAUAUUUUCAUUUG